CUACUAGCGUGAAGUCGCCGCUUGAAAAGUACAACUUGAGGUAAAUAUUGAUUGUAUUUCCGUUCGAGACUCUUAAUAAUAGCCUGCAUAUUAUUCAGCCGGAGUACGAGGGCACGGCGUGACCUACGUCACAAGUUGUUGCUAGUAUUUUGAAAUAAUUGUUCAGUCACUUUCACGCAUCCUUAGCUCAAUCAUCAAACAACUUGAUGCCGAUAACAGGCAUGAGUUGUCGCUCAUAUUCCUGGAAUAUCACUCGGAUAUUGGUUGAAGUGGUAUCCUAGACUCUUAUGCCAUUUAGUUCUCAGUUAGUUCGUGCCAGUUAGUUCUCUAGAUACUUCUCAGUUCUCUCAGUAACUUCUCAGUUCUCUCUCCCGCCCACGAGCGGCUUCAGGAUUCAAGCGCCAGUCACCAGCAUGAAGUUCCUAGCUCUACUGACUGCGCUAUUUUCAACGGCUUUCGCCUCUGAUAAGCCUACGCUAACGCCACAUGAAAGAGUGGCGCUUUUGCUGAACGAUAAAUACUUCAGAAGUCCGACAGUGGCACUUCUGGAGAGCAGUGAGCUGACUCUGACACGUACCGGAGGUCUAUGGGCCAAAGUGGCGCCACUCAUCACCACUGACAACAAAGAGUAUCACAUACUUGUCGCUUCUUUCAAUUCAACAGAUUUAGCUCGGCCAGUGGAGGCUAGAAGCGCCUGGGAUGUGCAGGAAUCAGCACGCUUCAUGGCGGCCAUAAUCAGGAGGGUGAAAGCAAUGAGAGGGGAAGGAAAGGAGGGGAUAGCAGGGGGAGGGGGAGUCCCCCCUUCCAACUUCGGUGCCAUGCAAGCCUUGGAGAGAAUUGCAACCACCAAUUGGUUGCCCUAUGACGGAUGCCUCAUGCUUUUCACAGCAUUUCCACCCACUGACUCCGAAAAUUCAACAAGGGCCACACAAGCACUCAUCCGCAGGCGUACAAAGCUAUUUGUAAUAUGGCUACGAAGUGACGAGGAAGCACCUCAAGUGUACAAGAUGGUGGCUCAUCAGACAGGGGGUGAGCUGCUAGAAACCAACAGCACCCCGGACCAAAAUCACACCACCGAAUAUGAGGCUGAUGACGCCGAAAUCCUAGUUGAGCGACAGCAAGAACAGCAGAAACAGCUGCUAAAACCUACUGUCGACAGUACACCACGAGAGGUACAAUUUUCAAUUUUUCAAUUUUCAGAGGUGUUUUCCAAUCACAAAAUUCAGAGAAAGUAAUGUGGAAUGUGAGUU